AUGGGGAAGAAAAAACGCGACGCGACUGCCGCGUGGCGUGCGCGCGCUGCCAGCGAAGCGCCUCUGGACGUCUUCGGCAUCCCGGCUUCCAUUCCCAGUCCACCUAUACCCUCUUCGACCGACCCGUGGAGCACGCUAGAGUCCGCGAUCAAGGGCAUGCUACCCGCAUUCGAGUCGAAUCCGUCUUACAGCUCCACGACCCGUCGCAUGCGCGAACUCGAAGCGCUCUUCGUGUCCACGAAGGACAUUCUCAGUGUAUCAGUCAAUCACGUCUCGAUCCCGACCACGAGCACCGACUACGAUGAAGCAUUCGAAGACGGUCAACGUACGGGCUACGCCGAUGGCUACGAGGACGGUCGUCGGGCCUUUUGGAAGGAGCAGGGCACGGAAACGUGGCGCUCGGCUGCUGUGGGUGCGGCACGCUCGUGCCCGGAGAUAUUGCAAGAAGUUACCCGGGAUAUUCGAGCCAUGCAUACUCCGGUCGAUCGCGCUGUCCAGACCAUCGCAACAUCUACGGCAAACACUUCAUCCCAAACCACUUCACCUGCUGCGACCACGGACACAUCAUCUCAGACCGACCCUUCGGCCAUUCGCUCGUCUUGUGCCGUACAAGUGGGCACCUCGGACGAUCCUCCCGUCAUCAACUCGCACGAUAUACCUGUCACUCCAUCAAAUCAUCCUCUACGCGACUUAUCAAUAUUACGUUCGGACGACAAUAUACGGCCCUUCGGAACUCUUCAACGACGAUCACGACGUGUUCGACCUCCACGUUCGCACACACCACGUUCACGGCAUUGUUCAUCAAAUUCGCCAUACACUUCACCAUCUACGUCUACACCUUCCGUUCUCGCAUGGGACUCCGACCCUCGGCUUAUCAAGCUUUCUCGUGCUCUUCGUUCACUCGGUUGGACGCGCGGUCGCGGCGAGGACGCCGCGCGAGUUUUAGUGGGGGCAGGCAGGCCCUAG